CGUGAAUCCUUUUCGCCGACGCUUAUUGCAUCCAAUGUGGAGGUUUUAUGGACCGGCAUCACUAACGCGACGUCCGGCUCUCUCUCAUUUUCCGAAACGUCAGGUGUCACAAUUGAUGCCAUGGACGAGAAUGCAGAGGAAGAGGAUAGAGUAUUUGUUGCAAAGCGAAAUAGCUUUGCUUCGGAACCCUUCCACCUACCGCCCAUUCCCCUAUUGAGCGACUCCGUGUGGGUGCAUUGUGGACUCCAGGGUUUAAAAAUUUGGUUUCCCGUCAGCUCCCUCUCGGAAGGAGGCUCGAGAACAGCAUCCAUUUUACCCGACUCUCUGUCUCCGGGACUGCUGAACAACAGAUUUACCUCGUUUUUCCAGAGUGGUCCAACCGUGAAUCCCCGCGGAAGUCUUUUUUCGAAGGGAGCUCGUCGAGUGAUGCUAUCAGUACAACUGGAAGAUCUUGUUUAUCCUCUUACCGUCCUUUUGGACAAAGCCGCCGUUAUCACCACCCACAGUGGUUGCUUGCGCAUCGAUAGGUCUUACUACAAGACCCUGGAUGACCGUCGUUUUCAUCUGCCCUGGUUCAGUAUCCGGGUCAAGACCAACCUAUUCCUGCCUCAUCUGUUGAAGGACCUACUUAGUAAAAAUCUUUCAAAGAUUGCGCUGGAUCUGGCAACAUCUUAUCAGUCACUGCCCUAUUUCCAACAUAUUCUUGAACUCCUGCUCCAUGAAGUGUGUGCCUUCAUAGAACAGUUCCAGCAUUUCCUUGACGUGAUUAUCCAAUGUAUCCGGAAGACUGAGGUCACCUGGUGGCGACACCUUUUUUGUGCCCUUGGACGUCGACCGAAAGACCUCUUUGAGGAAGCGCUUUCCACGGACCAGCUGAGCACCGCAGCCUCCUGCCUGGUGGUCUUACAGAACUCUGAGUCUUUGGUAGUCAGCAAACAGUGUGCACUUUUGCUGAUGACUAAAACGAUAGAGCAUAGUCAAUGGCAGCUUGUCAAUGAAUUGAUCCGGUUCCUCAGGGCAACCAGUAUGCCAUCCAGAUCACAACUAGUGGGCUGCCUAACGAAAGACCUGCCUGGUUCUGCACAAGGUGACAAUUUGGUUGACCCUUUCAAUGAAAUUGAUCUACUGGUGGAACGAGCUAGAUGUACCCUCCUGAAGCGAGCACUCUGGAGGCUGCUGGAGGAGGAGCACAUACCGGACGUGGACAAUUGGCCGCUCCGCUUUACUGAGCUCCAUCAGGAUUUUAACUGGAUCAUACCAAUGAAUUCCGCCCCCGCAGUACCGUCACGCCCCUCUCCACUCUCUCUGCCUGACGGUCCUGCUCGGUCUGCUGGCGCGGCUUCCACUCUCCUGCGAUCGGAUUCUGUUCCUCUCUCAACAUCAUGUUCGCCAGUCGAUACGGAUACUGCCAGCGCCACUGAUCCGACCUUUCAACCCGCCGUCCGUUCCUGUCACCGACUUUAUUUCCUGCUUUCACAUCUCCUUUGGGUGGCUCGGGAAUUGCCUCCUUGCUUGGCCCAGUCUUGCGUUCUGCAGUGGUGUGUCCUUAUCUCCGUUCUGCUCCUGGACCGGCAAAUGCUUUUCAAAUCCCUUUCUCUACUCACGCCAUCAGUACGCGAUGUGCGAGAACUCGCCGGAUUACUAAAACACCAGAGCACACUGACUCAACUACAGCUUUCUGAAGACACGCCUCUGUUGCGUCUUUUAUGUGGUCUCGAAACGAUUAGGCAGUGGGCCGUUGAAGCUGCUCCCACCUUCGCUUCGUUCCUUUGUGAUCUGCAGCCAAAGAUGACGUGA